AUGGCACCUUCCAGGCUUGUUGACGAGGAUGAGCUGGGAUCUCGGUCGGAUAACUACAGUGAAGGCCUGUCCGACGACGGUGCAUUUUCCUACCCCCCGCCGAAACGCAGGCGAAUAUCCACAGAACAGGACAAUGCGACAGUACCCCAGACAUCGCUCUCCAGAGUGAAAAAGAUAGAUCAUGCACCCAAGGUCGUCCGCACGCCAGCGGCCCACCCAGAAAUUCCAACGACCUCCGCCACCUUCAAAUCGCUCAAUGUAGCGCCGUGGCUUGUCCAAUCUCUUGCCGCGAUGGCAAUUCAAAACCCGACGGAAAUCCAGAAGGCUUGUAUACCUGAGAUAUUAAAGGGAAGAGACUGCAUAGGAGGUUCGAGGACUGGCACAGGCAAGACAGUUGCGUUCGCGGUGCCAAUAUUGCAGAAAUGGGCAGAAGAUCCUUUUGGCAUCUAUGCUGUGGUUCUCACACCAACGCGAGAACUGGCUCUCCAAAUUUUUGAGCAGUUUCAGGCUUUGGGAGCACCACAGAAUCUCAAGACGGUUCUAAUCACCGGAGGGAGUGAUAUGAGACCUCAAGCUUUGGCGCUGGCAAAACGACCACAUAUCGUGGUAGCUACCCCCGGAAGACUUGCGGACCACAUACUCAACUCCGGCAAAGAGACCACAAUCGGACUGAGUCGCACCAAAGUUGUCGUCCUUGACGAAGCAGAUCGCCUUCUCGCUGCGGGGCAUGGCUCGAUGCUUCCGGAUCUUAACACCUGCCUGGGUGCGCUUCCUCCGUCUUCAUCCCGACUGACGCUCCUCUUCACCGCGACGGUGACACCAGAAGUCCGGGCGCUAAAAGAUCUUCCUCGCCCCAAGGGACGGCCUCCUAUCUUCAUCUCCGAAACCACGGACCUAUCUGAUGGCGCUCUCCGGGCCAGCCUCAUCCCAGCAACUCUCUCACAGACAUAUCUACAAAUCCCCAUGACCCACAAGGAUGCUUUCCUACACGUCCUCCUUCAAGUUCCUUCCUUUACGAAAUCGCCGGAGCCCAGUAUUAUGAUCUUCGUCAAUCGUACAAAGACCGCAGAUCUCCUCCACCGCACACUCCUUCAGCUCGACCAUCCAGUCACGGCGCUUCACUCUGAGCUAGCACAGAGCCAGCGAAACAGAAAUCUGUCCGACUUCCGCUCGCAAAGAGCGCGCAUUUUGAUCGCAACGGAUGUGGCGUCAAGAGGUUUGGAUAUUCCUGAAGUCAACUUGGUGAUCAACUUUGACGUCCCACGAAACCCGACCGACUAUGUACAUCGGGUCGGUCGUACGGCAAGAGCAGGAAGACAAGGUACAAGUAUUACCUUUGUUGGACAGCGCGACGUCGAGCUGAUCCUCGCAAUUGAAGCUUAUGUGGGGAGCAAAUUGGUGGAGUGGACUGAAGAAGGAGUCAAUGUGGAAACACGCGUUCUCAAAGGCCGGACAUUGAAGGAUGUGGCCGAGGCGAAGAUGGAGGCGCUUCGAGAUGUCGAAAGUGGGAAAGAUGUCAAUGGUUGGCGCAGAAAGCUCAAGAAGGACAAGAAGAGAUUUUUGGUGGAAGCGUCGUCCGCUCCAGGAUUGCAACAAUGA